GCCCUUCCCGGAUCCGCGCCUGAGAAUCGCGGCCCGGCGCGCGCCCCCCGCGCUCCCCCCGCGCUCCCCCGCGUCAAGCCCGAGACCCCGCGCGCAGCCCGGGAGCGCCAGGCCUGCGGGCGCAGCGGCCGUGCGCGUCAUGAGCCGCAUCUACCACCACUGCGCCCUCCGGAACAAGGCGGUGCGGAGCGCGCGGCUGCCGGGGGCCUGGGACCCCGCCGCCCACCAGGGGGGAAACGGCGUCCUGCUGGAGGGAGAACUGGUCGAUGUGUCUCGCCACAGCAUCUUGGACGCCCAUGACAGGAAGGAGCGCUACUACGUGCUGUACAUCAAGCCCAGUCGCAUCCAUCGCCGGAAGUUCGACCCCAAGGGAAAUGAGGUUGAGCCCAACUUCAGCACCACCAGGAAGGUCAACACGGGCUUCCUCAUGUCGUCCUACAAGGUGGAGGCGAUGGGGGACACCGACAGGCUCACGCCCGAGGCCCUGAAGGCACUGGUACAAAAGCCAGAGCUGCUUGCGCUGACAGAGAGCCUUACCCCCGACCAGACAGUGGCGUUCUGGAUGCCCGAGUCGGAGAUGGAGGCCUUGGAGCUGGAGCUGGGGGCCGGGGUACGGCUGAAAACUCGAGGCGACGGCCCCUUCCUGGAGUCCUUAGCCAAACUUGAGGCUGGAACAGUGACCAAGUGUAAUUUUGCUGGUGAUGGAAAGACAGGGGCAUCCUGGACAGACAACAUUAUGGCACAGAAGUCUUCGGUGGGAGCCGUGGAGGAGACCCGAGAGCAGGGGGACGGGGCCGAGGACGAGGAGUGGGAUGACUGAGGUGAGUGGGCAUGAAGCGUCUCUGAGGCCACCAGCACUGCUGAGACUGUGAUCCGUCAACAUCUACUCUGGAGUUCAAGGGAACAGUCCACCAAGCCUUCCCUGGUUCUUCCUCCAGCUGCCCCAGAAUACUCUUGGAAUAAGCACUGCUAAAGUCAAAUCCAUGACCGUGACAUGACCAAUGUCGCCCCACGCUGUGGCUCCUGGAGGGGCCCUCCCUGGAUGUGAGUGUAGAUCUCUUAGACCUUUCCACCGUGGCCCUUGCCCUGAAUGGCAGCCUUGUUUCUAGAGGCAGGCAGUGGAAUUGAACUUGGUCUUGGUGUACACUUGGGAAAUGGCCCUCAUCUGCAUGCUUUCCCCUGUCCUUGUAUAUCCUGCCUUCCUCCCUCACCUGCCCCCUACCGCCAGGGCUCUGAGCUGUAGCCUUUGCUUUCCUGUUCAAACCUUCUUGUUCCCUCUGUGCCCUUUUCCUUCCCCAGAGCUGCCAGUUCUUUAUUCCUCCUCUGGUUCUCUGCAACAUUGCGGGGCUUCCUGUCUCCUGACCUCCCUGUCUGAUGGGGAUGCUGUUCUCAGGGAGGCCUAGGGUCUUCCCAGGUGGCUGGUCCCCACCUUGCAGGCUUACUCUGCCAGGCCACAUUUUGAUAAAACCUUUGUUUUUGUUGUUUUGUACUUUGAGAACUUUUUAUGAGUGAGUAAACCUUCAGAAAAGGAUUCCUGUGCAUUGACUGGGUCAUGUCAGGUGUCAACAGUCUUCCAGCUGAGCAAUGAUCCUAUAAGAAGGAAGCCGCGUCUUUUUGAUCAUGAACAUCGCCUUGCUGGGUAGUGUUCCCGCACUCAGAUCUGAGAUGGGACGUGGAGUCAAAUGGAGCAGAGACUUGGUGACAUUCGGAUCCUGCUGGCCUCAGGGACAAGAUAGGGUGGUGGUGAACUAACAAUUAUUGAGUCUCCUAAUAUGUCAAACACAGCACUAGAUGCUUUCCAUGAUGGUAACUUAGCCCCUGACCUGCUUCCUGGUGCGAGCGCCCAUAUCCCCCGUUUUUCAAAAGUUUAUGUUAUAACACUUGGCUUUUAUGAAAGACCUACCUUAGUACCUGUUUUUUCUAAUCAAAAGAAAUCUGCAGAGGGUUUUCAUUUUUAUGAUAAUAAGGCCAAAAGAAAAAAGAAAACGGCAUUCAGCAUUUGUGUGCACCCCAAGUGGUGAGAGGGACCCCACCCAUCUCCUUCCCCGGGAACUGUACCCAAGCAUCAAGCCCCUAGAGCUUUGAACUGUGUCUGGGAGCAUCUGUGCUUUACUGCAAUGGAUUUUGUGCACGUGUUAGCAAGAUGUGCCCUAAGGUUUCAGAAAAGCCUAAGAGAACGCUCAUUUCCCCAUGGAAACUAAUGGUGAGUGCUUCCUCACUGCCUCUCAUAGGGUUUGUAGGAAUGCUGUACUUUUUCGAUAGUGGGGGAAACCUGUACUUGCUAAGAGCUUGCAACCUCUUACUUAACUGUCCCAACAAUCCCGGGAGGUAUGUGUGAUUAUUCCCAUUUUAAAAUUUCAUAUGAUUUUGAAACUUAGAGGCUCCAUCCGUAGUAUAUAGAGGAGAGGAAUUUCAACCCAGGCAGUCCGAUUUCAAACUCUAUAAUCUUCACUGGGUUAUUCUCCUUCCACAUGUAUACUACAGGGGAGGAAAGGGGCUCUGGAGGGGUUAAGGCAAUUUCCCCAGAGUCACAGCUAAUAAGUGGCACAGCCAGGAUUUAAAUCCAGGGCUGUGGAAAGUCAAGCUUAUGUUCUCCACCUGCCCCCCAUCCACCAUCCUUUGCUUCUUGACCUACAGAAGGACCUUGGACACAGGGGCCAGAGGAGUCCUGGCCCUGUGAAGUGGGGUUAUAUCCCUAGACGUUAGGGAACUUGCCUAAACCCUUGACUGCUGAUCUGUCCAGGCUGAAAUCUGUUCCAUUGGUAUUAGCAGUUGAGCAGGUAAUAUUAUGCUUCCCAAACUUAUUAUCAUGGUUCCAAUUUUCAUUUACCUUCUUGCAUAUUUGAGCCUGGGCUUGACAAUAUGGCCAUGAGGCUUGGGAUUCACGCUUCAGUGAGGCCACCUGAAGUCACGGGUUACUGGUCUGCUUACGGAUCUCUUGUGUUCUUGUCGCCCUUUUCUUAGUUUAGAUCCCUGUGACCUCUCACCUCGACAGUUAUAGAAGCUGCCUCCCUGGUGUCCUGUGUCUGAAUGGGGCUGGCUGGGUGUUGAGCGUGCUGGGACCUCAGUCAUGGGGGUGGCCAGGGAAGCAGUUAAGCAGCAGGAGGACUGGAGAUAGUGACUGGGAGUAGAGACACCCAGUGAGGGCAUCCUGCUGCCCAUAGCACUAGGGACAAAGGGUAUGGCAAGGUCAUACAGGCAGGCCACCAUUCCAUAAAAGGAGGUCCAGUGUGUCAGUGGGGGAAGCCCUGGACAAAAAAUGGGCAGGAGAGAGAUGAAGGAAGGAGGGAAGGAGAGAAGGAGGAGAAGGACAGUGGGAUGGAGAAAGGUAAAGGCCUUUGUGGCUGGAGCUCAGAGAACGGGUGGAGAUGUUGGAGAUGAUGCAGGACAUCAGGCAUGGUAUUUUUAGCAUGUUAAGUAUUUUAGGACUUUAUCCUUAACUUCCUGGAAGCCACUGAUUCUGGGGAGAGUGGUACAAUUUGAUUUGUUUCUAUCGAAGAUCAUUUGACUACAGAGAAGCUGAAGGCAAUGAGCCCAACUGGGAGACUGCCUUAAUUGUCACAGUGAGAGGUUAGAUAGAGUGUGUAGCGAGGGGAGUGGAGAUGGAAAGAAGUCCAGGUAGAUGGAGGAGAAAAGGGAUUUUCCAGCAAGACAUGAGCACCUGAAAAGCCAUGGAGGUGGGGGUGGGGCCUGCUCCUGGAAUAUUGCGUCCCUGGUUGUUAUAUCAUACCUACACGUAAAAUUUGAUAAUCCUUUUUCAAUUAAUGUUAUAUAAUCGCUUCCCAUGUUGCUACAGAGUCUUCAUAACCAUUGUUUUUUAAGAUUGACUGCCAUUUAGCAGCUCUAUCAUUGUCCAAUUUUGGGGUAAUUAAUUGACUCCUACUUGGAGCUAAUAUAAUUAACAUGUCAGUAAGUGUUCUAGAUUAUGUAGUUCCCUAAAUUUCACCCCUACACCCUCCCUGUCCUGCCCCCCCACCAUAUUUUUGUAUCUUGGGGUUAUUUCUUUAGAGUCCAAUUCCCAGGAGUCAGAUUACUGGGAAUCUAGGAGUCUUCUGCAGAAGUUUUUUUAGAUUGUCAAAUUGCUUUCCAAAAGGGUUGUUCUGAGUUAUAAUUUCACCAGCACUGUAGGAGAGGACCUUUUCCAUGCUACCUUUGCCAGAAUUGGGUGUAAUAACAUUUGAAAAAUGGUAUUUGAUAAGGUAAAACAAUACUUUAAAGUUAAUAGUUUGCGAUUAGCUUUUCUCUUCCAUUAAUAGCGAGCUUAAAGAUUCUUUCCAUGUUAAUUACCUAGAUAUAUUUCCUCUUUGCUUACUCAGUUUCUUUGCCUGUUGAUACACUGAAGGUGGAGGUCUUUUCGGUUAUAUUUUAAAUAUAACAACUUACCAUAUUUUAUCAACUUCUGUUUUUAAAAAAUUGAUUUUUUUUUACAAACAUAAAAUCUUUAUAUAGAUA